GGUUGAGGGCAAUGAGGUGGCAGAUAGGGUAGCUAGGGCAAGUUUAGGCAGGUACAGGGUAGAUGUGCAGGUACCAUUUGGCAGGAUGGAGCGCCAAACCAUCAAUGACAGCAAGAGGGAUACAGACAGCAGAGAGAGAAACAACAUCCAACCAUCAGUUAAACCUAGCAAUAGAGUGAACAUGCCUCAGAAAGAUGAGAUCAAAUUGACAAGGCUAAAGCUGGUAUAUUGUGGAUUAGCAAGUGCUAGUGGGGAAGCACAGAGACAGCAAUUGGGGAGUCCUGGAGUCUGUACUACAUGUCUUGAUACAUUGCCUGCUCAAUGACAGGGAAAAGAGGGUUUUAUGCAUUGAAUUAGGCAAACUGGGGAUUUAAAAAAAAUACCUUAGAAGACUGCUGGGUGUUUCAAAAAGAGAGAGCUAGGAAAGUAGUACACUUAAAACCAUUGAUCUAUAUCACAAGAUAUACAGUAGGUUUCAGAGGGCAAAAGUAGCAAUGACGUUAUCACACCAGCGGGGGGCAGCAAAGCGCUAACCAGUGGUUGGUCUGCCGGAAGAAAAGAAGACGAAGAAGUCGCCAGCUGAUCGCAGCAAACAGCUUCUGACAGGCGGCUGCGGGUGUUUGUCUCUGCCAUGCCAAAGCCUGGAUGACCUGCGGGACUCACUGAUAACAGGAUCCAGACUCCCAGCUCCUUAUGGCUGUAUAUGAUGAGAACAUCCUGAAGAAUCCUUUCUACUUGGCGUUAGAGAAGCAGAGACCGGACCUCUGCAGCCGAGUGGCAGAGCUCCACGGCAUCGUUCUGGUGCCUUGUUGUGGAAGUUUAACCGUCAGCAGCUUCUCAGACUCUCAGUUCGACAGUUAUGUCCUGCAGCCUGAGGGGGACGGAUACCGGACUGUGGAUGGAAAGGAGGUCAAGAUCCAGGACAGGCAGGUCCUGCUGGGAUCCGGUUCCCCGGCCUCUGUGUCAGUCCCCAUCCUGUUUGAGGAAACGUUCUACAACGACCAGGAGCAGAGCUACAGCAUCCUAUGCAUCUCCCGGCCCGUCGAGGUGGACCCGAGUCCGGCCGAGCUCAGCCCGCCGCCCCCUUACUGCCUGAAGAGCCUGGAGGAUGUCAGGGAGUUCCUGGGCCGUCACGCCCAGAAACUGGACAAGUUCAUCCACGGUUUCUGUCAGGCCUUCAAGGAGCAGGAGAGGAAGGGACUCCGACACCACAUAGACUCAGUGAACGGUCUCUACACUAAAUGUCUUCAGUGUCUGCUGAGAGACUCUCGCCUGAAACUUCUGGCGAAGCAGGAGCUUCAGAUGACUCUCCUCAAACAGGCAGUGGAGAUCUAUGUUCAUCAUGGUAUCCAUGAUUUAAUCUUUAACUUCGUGGGAACGCUUGAAGCCAGCCAGGACGCUGCGUUCAACAAAACCACGAGGAGCCUGCAGGACCUGCAGCAGAAAGAACUGGGAGUCAAACCGGAGUUCAGUAUUAACUUGUCUCGGGCCAAAAGAGAGCUGAGUCAGCUCAACCAGCAGACCUCCCCCCUCCUCAAACUGCUCUGCCUGCGUAGAGUCGCCCUGACCGCCACCCAGACCCCCCGACGCACAGUCAGUAUAGAGGCCGUGUGCGCGGACGACCUGCUCUCCGUCAUCCUCUAUCUGCUGGUGAAGACGGAAAUCCCCAACUGGAUGGCCAACCUGAGCUACAUCAGAAACUUCUGCUUCAGCCACUCCAGUAAAGAUGAGCUCAGCUACUGUCUGAGCACGUUUGAGGCUGCAGUGGAGUACAUCAACCUGGGGAAGCUGCAGGACACACACUCCGGCUCAGGUGAGCUGAACGACAAGGCGUUGUUCAAAGAGAGAAUGAGUCUGCUGACUCAGAGCACCGCUACGCCCAUCCACUGUCUGUUCGAGCACAUAGCAAAUGGAAACGAGGUGGAGGUCGAACGUCUGCUGAGUGAAGGAGAGAGCGACGAGGACGUUAAGAUGUGUCAUCCCCUCUGCUCCUGUGACCUCUGUGACCUCCAGCUGUCUGGACGGUUGAACGACCCGUCCAUCGUCACGCCGUUCUCCAGAGACGACAGAGGUUACACACCGCUGCACGUUGCAGCUAUCUGUGGUCAGGCCCAGCUGAUAGACCUGCUGGUGUGUAAAGGAGCACCGGUCAACGCCACAGACUACCACGCCCUCACACCACUACACCUGGCCUGCCAAAAGGGAUACCAGGGAGUCACGCUGCUGCUGCUGCACUACAAAGCAAACACAGACGCUCAGGACAACAACGGCAACACACCGCUGCACCUCGCCUGCAUGUACGGACACGAAGACUGUGUGAAGGCUUUGGUUUACUACGACCUCCAAACGUGUCGCCUGGACCUGCAGAACGAUAAAGGUGACACGGCGUUGCACAUGGCGGCUCGCUGGGGCUACGAGGGAAUCAUCCAGGUGCUGCUGGAGAACGGAGCGAGCACCGACAUCGUCAACAAGAACAAAGACUCUCCUCUGCAGUGUGCGCUCAACUCCAAGAUCCUCAUGUUGUUGCAGUCGUCUCAGAACGGCCGUCAGCGCACAGGCAGCGGAGUCGAUUCUCCCAGUCGCUCCCCUCAGGCCUCAGACUGCAGCAGCCGUCGCUCCUCCAUCUCCAGCACCUCCUCUCUGGGCUCCGAGGCCAAACCGGAGGGAGAACGGGUCCGACACAGAGAGGUGGAGAAGCUGCUGCGUGCCGUUGCAGACGGUGAUGUCGAGAUGGUGCGUUACCUGUUGGAGUGGAUGGAUGAGGACGAAGAGGACGAAGGAGAUAUUCGGUCUGAGGCUCUGCUCUGCCACCCGCUGUGUCAGUGUCCCAACUGCGCUCCCACUCAGAAGCUGUCCGUCCUGCAGGCCGGAGCUCUCGGCGUUAACAGCUGUAACGCCGACGGUUUCACGCCGCUCCACGUCGCUGCCCUGCACGGCCACUCGGCGCUGGUCGCCCUGCUGAUCCGCCACGGAGCCAACGUCAACGCCCGCACCAACCAGAACGCAACGCCGCUUCACCUGGCUAGCCAGAACAGCCACGUCCAGGUGGUGAGGUUUCUGCUGGAGUGCAACGCCAAACUCAAUAAGAAGGAUCACUACGGCAACACACCUCUGAUACACGCCUGUCUCCGUGGAAACCUGGAGACAGCCACCACCCUGUUACAGAGUAACGCGUUAGUGAACGUAGUGAACCAUCAGGGGAACACGGCGCUCCAUGAGGCGGUGCGAGGCGGACACCAGACGCUGGUGGAGCUGCUGCUGAGGGGCGGAGCCUCAGCCGGCGUCAGGAACAAGAGGCAGAGGACGCCGCUGGACUGCGCCUACGAACUGGGUGGCAAGAACACUGAGAUCCUGAGAGCUCUGCAGAAAGCGUCAGGACUUUCCCCCGAUGCUGAACCAAUCAAACUCCUCUCUGUGCCCAAAGGAGCUCUGGCUCAUUCGUUCGUUCAGCGUCUGAGGCUGCAGGAUCACGCCAACGGCAGGAGGCAGAAACUGGCUCAAUCCAUCAACAGGAUUCAGCAGAUGAAGAAAGGUUCCUCUGGUCCUCCUCCCAGAUGUUCACCAAACCUCAACCAGGUGAAUCCAGACAGGAGGAGGUUGAGGCGAGUGGAAACGUUGGAGGUCAGCAGCCCCUCAGGAAGCCUCGCCGCCGCCGGGCCCCGGCUGAGGGAGCGGCCCCUGGGUCGCUGUCACACUCUGGACUCUGGAGAACACGCGCCAGAGCGUCAGGAGCGCGCACACACUCCCAACACGACUGAACACACUCCAAAAGAGAGCGAUCAGCUGUUUAGAGACACAGAUGAUGACACCAAUGAAUCGCACUCCGCCGAUGUCACUGACUGUUGCGCCGAGACCUCGCCGCCCCCGCCCUCACUCACCCCGACCAAUCACUCCGCUUCGCUGGAGUCCGACAAGUCAUCCGACAGCCGGAGCCCUCUAAACGGAGAGUUAGAGGAGUCGUCUGACCACCAGACUCCGCCUCAUACCGAAGACACGUCCACGCAGUCAGACAGCGGGGACGGAGACUCUUAUCUCAGCCGCCCGGCUGACCUCAACAUCCCGAUCCACACUGACGAAGGCGACCAGAGAGACGCUGAGCAACCACCAGACACCACCAGUACAGCUGAGUUGAAUCAGGCAGACUGAAAAGGAGACGUUGUGAGGAAGAAGAGAAGUUAUACACCUGCCAUGAAUGUGAUGGAGGAGCAGGUUUAGGUUUCCCUUUAAAGAAAAACACCAAAACCUAAAUGUUUGCCAAAAGGAAAAAAGAAAGCACAUCAUUUUAUAUCAGGUGGGACCAGCUGUUCCAACUGAGGAUGCAGUAGUCUGACUCACACUGGAGGUUUGUCCCCUGGUGGAAAAUACACACUGACGUAAAGUCAACAGAGUGACUUCAACCAACUAAGAACAAUAACAACGGUUUUGAAAUGUUUUUUUUUUUUUUUUAAAGAAUUCACCCAAAUUACAAAAACACAUAUUCUCUCAUGUAUCUCUCGUGGUAAUUAGCCUUCGAGAUAGUUUUGGUUUUGUCUGUCCAGGUAUUUCUGUCCGAUAUCCGAUUCAGAUCGACACACAGUACAGUCAGGCGCUGCCGAGCUUCGUUACACUACCGUUCCUCUCAUGGAUGUAAAAAAUCAUUUAAUGAUGCUUUACUGAUGUUUAGAUGUCAGUAACCGACUCCUUUGAAAGAAAGAAAGAACGUCAGAGAAGUGUGUGUGUGUGGACAGAAGGAGAGCUGAAAAUGAAACUUAUGUUUUAUUGGGUAAUUCAUAAUAAUAACUGUAUUUGUACACAGGGCUGCGCAAUAUGACGAUAUAUAUAUAUCGCGUGACGAUAGAAAAACACCGUAUCGUUUCAUAUUAUGAUCUAUUGUUAAUUUCGUUACAUUGCAAAUCACACUCUUAACAGCAAUAUUUUUCGUGGUUUGGAUUGCGUGGGUGUGUCGUGUGUUUACUCGGAUGCAGGCAGGAAAUUUGCAUGAAGGCAACACAAACAAAGAUGAUGUAGGAGAGCAAACGUGAGGCAGACGAGACUAAAAACGAGGAGCUCGUAGACAAAAAGAGACGCUGCUUCUGUCACAUGGAUGUAGUUCGUGUAUGAGAAGUCUGACUUUUCCAUGUGGUCAUUUUAUAUAAACAGUUUAUUCACUGAACUUACAGAAAAAUGUGAUGUUUAUGGUGAUAUUUAUUGUUAUCUGGAUAUGAAAUGACCUGCAGUAUAUCAGGAUUUGAUGCAGCCUGAAGUGCUUUUACAAAACAAGAUUAAAAGUAAAAUUAGGCCAAAAACUAAAAUGAUAAUAGUAAAUAAAAAAAAAUGACCACAGUACAAUAAAAUAUUGAAAUUUAUACAAUGAAAGUCAAUAAACUGGAGUCUCUGCUACUUUAACAUGCAUAGAGUAGACGUGUGUCAUACACAGAUUCCUGCCUCCGGCCCAAUAAAUAAUAAAUAAAUGAAUACAGUCUAGUUAGUGCUGAUUACAGAAUUUAAACAUUACAUUUAAAACACUUUCACGUUUCCUGUUACUCUGUAUAAACCACAUAACACACUCUCGGCUGUUUUCAUACACAGGGACUGUUUCUUUGGUAGAAAGUAGUUCCAGUGAAAACCACUGAAACUGACAUCUGUGGGUUAUACAGAGAUAGUUUCUGGUAAACCACAUUGCUGUUUAUAUUUUUAAAUGUCAUUUUCACUGCUGUCAGCACCACAAACCAGAUUAAAUUCUUCUCCAUUGUAUUGAGUUGAAGGUAAAUGAAUAAAGAAAGAAACGUCCGCACACAGAUUAGAUUAAAGACAGACAGAUAUCUCAAAACCUGGACAAAUAAAACCAACACUGCUGUCUCUGUAUGGCAGGUAAGUGAGAAACUAUGUUUGUAAUUUGGGUGUACUGACCUUUAAAUAUCACAAUGAAACGUUAAAAUGUAGUUUUCUGUUUCAUGUAAAUCUUUAAAGGGACCGGUCACUCCCUGAUUUCCUUUUAACGUCAUGUUAUAGCUCCAACAAAUCCCUCAGAUUCCCUUCGAGCACGCCGAUGACACAACUAUCAUUUGAAAUUCUUACAUUUGACUGAUCCGUCGGGACAGAAACACCCAAAAAAUUAUAAAGUUUGAUCCCAGAAAUUUCCAUGACCUUUCCUUCCUGUAAAACAGCAUAAUACUUUUUUAUAGUUAAACUUAAUAGACGCACAGAAAAACAAUCAAAACUGCCUUUUUCAUCCUAAUUGACAUCCUGUGUAUUUACAUUUUUUUUUGUAAAUGUGCUGAAGCUUAACAGCCGCCUGCGCUGUAGUAACACAACUAAAAAACACGCAAAACAUAUUUUAAAAACUUCCUACAUAAGAAGAAAAUAUUACAAUACUCUGUCCCGAUGAUGCAAUGACAGACUCUAAAAAAACUGCAUUUCGUUGUGAUUUUACCAGCUCAGAUUUUAUCAGUAAUAUUAACAGAAUCCAGGACUUAAACUCCUCCUCCUCCUCCUCUUCCUCCUCUCACCUGAGUUUGAAGCACUUUCUUCUCCUUCUAGCCUCCACAAAAAGAAAAAAAAAGGGAUGAUGUUAUUUUAGUUUGUGCGGUAUGUUUUUAUUUUUUAUUUUAAGCCACUAGACCGUAGCUCUGAUCUGACCGCCAGACUUCAUCUGAAGAAGAUGUUUGUUGUUUUACUUGAAUACUAGACGUCAGCUCAGUUUCAGUGUUAAACAUGAGUUUACAGUUGGUGGGUUUGCUCUUUCUUUCCCCCCUCCCCUCCCACGUUUAACAUCAUACUACUCUACUCACUGUUUUAUUAGGAUCAUUUCAUUUUAUUUAUGAGCCCUGUUGAUGGCAGCGUGUCGUGUGUUCAGAGAGUUUCAGCUUCUCCUGAAGGUUAGAAUGUGUUUUCUCCAGAGACGUAGAGAAACUGAAAGGGUCACAUCGCUGGUUUCAUGUGUUUGCUCAUUUAAAUACACAUCACUGCUGACUUUUUUCCUAAUCAUACCGUAUUUUUAGAUUGAUUUCCUUCCUCCCAGACAGACUUUACUUUGAGUUCAUUUCUAUUGAAAUCAACUUGCAGAGAUGUGAAACUCCUUGCAGACAGAUGAUCCAUCACAGUCAAUAUUUAGUCACUUUUAUUGUUAUUUCUUUGUGAGAGUUAUGUUAUUGCUGCAUUUUAAUGGAGUUUAGGAGACAUUUUCACAUAUAUAUUUAUAUACAGAGAUUAAAAACCCUUUCUGCUGCAGUUUCCUGAACAUCAGCAGCACAUAGAACAAAAACAAACAUAAAACAUACUUAUUAUGAAAUAUGUAAAACUGCAUCGGAAGUUAAUCAUAAUUCUUGGUUUGAUACUGAUGGUUUUAUCCAUCUUAAGUAAGAUUCAAGUCUCUGCUAGUUGAUUUUCACAGCAUAUUAAAAUGAUCUUUAACCAUUUUUUAUCUGAUGGUUUAAUUAGUGGACAGUAGUCAGGAGUGCUGAGCUAAUUAAAACACGUCAAACCAUCAGUUCAGUCCUUUAACAUUAGAAGAUAUUUAAUCUUAAGACUGACACAUUACACCAUGAUGCAGUAUAAGUGUGACUGUUCACUUCACAUGCUGUAGUUCACUGAUCGUACACGUUUGACUGAAUGAAGCUCAGUUUAGCUUCGGUGUAAACUGACCUCGAUACCUCUCUGACCUUCUGUUUCUCUGUGUUUCUGUCAGUUUUUUUGUUAACUGACCGUUUGUUUCCCACCGUCAGUCGAUGCAGUUCCUCUUUCUGUCUUUGGCUCUAAGAAGUCAAAACUCCAGCAACACUUUAAGUAUAAAGAACAACUUUAUAGUGACGUGUUGCUGGAUUUUUGACCUCUCGAGACCUUGGAAGUAGGUGAAGUUUUGCCAGAAAUCCCGACUCUACCGUCAGUUUUCAGCAAAGCAGCGUGUUUGUGUUUCACAGUGUUUAAUUUAAGCUGAACGUGGAUGUCAAACACAAUCAGAAGUCAAGUCUUAAUUAUUUUUGUACCACUGUUUUUAUUUUCUGGUUUGGAUGUUUAAAGAUGAUGUGAAUGUGCCUUAUUUAAUUCACACCCAAAUAACCAAUAAUAAAACUUAUGAUUAAGAUAAA